AUGGUGGAACUCUCACUGCUGUGCCCAUCAAGGUGCCUCAAGUCAGCUCCCUGCACCGGCUGGCAGGACAAGCAGCCACUGUGCUACCUCAGGUCAGGCCAAAGACCCAGAUCCCGGACAGCCUUCCCCACAGUCCCUGUCAGGAGCUGCAGCCUCUCAGCCUGCAGAGGGCCACAGCCGUGGUCAGUCCUAAGAGCCAGGGCCCCACCCUGCCCACCGCCAACAGCACCUUCAGUCCCGAGCACCAGCCCAACGGCCAGAGCGACGCCUCGCCGCCGCCCCCGGCCCCUCCCCACGGGCCCUCAGUGGGCCCGGACUCUGGUGGUCCCGCCCAGCACGCCUCGGCUGGACCCGGCGUGGCGUACGCCAUCAUUGCCGCCUCGCCCGCCACCGGCAACGGGGUGUCCACCGUCAGCGAGGCCGUCAAGGUGAUAAUAAUCCAGCCGCAGGCCCCCAGCAGCACUGACGGGUCCCCGGGGACCCAGGCUGAUCUCCCAUCACAGGAGGCCCCGCCCGAACCAAAGUCCCCCUCCCAGAAGAAAGACGAGGACCCAGAGAAAAUCGCCUUCAUGGUCGCCCUCGGCCUCGUCACCACAGAACACCUGGAAGAAAUCCAGAUGAAGAGACAGGAGAGGAAGAGACGAAGCACAGCCAACCCGGCCUACAGCGGCCUGUUCGAACCAGAGCGUAAACGCCUGGCGUCACAUUACCUGAACAGCUCGCUCUUCCUGUCAGCACGAGACUCUGAGGACUUCUGCUGGAAGGAGGACUUGGAGCAUGACGACCACUGUGCCAUCUGUAAGGAGGACGGUGAAAUGCAGCCUUGCCACAACUGCCCCCGAGCCUUCCACCCCAACUGCCUGCACCCGCCGCUCAAAACCCCGCCCAGAGGCCCCUGGUACUGCCCCAAGUGUCAGAAGAAGGUUCUGAAUAAGGAGAACAUGUCGUGGCCACAGAACUUUGUUCAGUCCUACGUUACACACAAGACAGUGAGGCAGGAGGAGAAGCGACGGCUGCUGAGAAGAAACAACGAGCUGAAGAAAGAGUGCACUCACCUGGAAGAACAAGACAAACAGCUCAACAAGACGCUCAAA